CGGUUUCUCGAGCGGACUGCUCAGUAGUCUCCACUCUCCAGUCAAGUCUAAUUUAUUCUCGUUCGCCGACGACGAAGACGACGACGACGACGACGCCAUUACCGAGAUGAAGUUCUUUCAGGCGGCCUCGAGGUGGUCGAGAAACCACAAGUUUUUUUUGACCAGUUUUGGUGUGUUAGCUGGUGGUGGAAGUUCCUUAAUUUAUGCACUUGAGCAGUCGAUUCAAGCUUCUAAUGACGCAGCUCAUGUGGCUAAACAAAAAUGGAAUCAUAAUGGAUGGUUUGAUACUUUAGAUCACGCUAGUGUUCGUCGAGGAUGGGAAGUAUACAAAAAUGUCUGUGCUGCGUGUCAUAGCGUUGAGUACUUGGCAUAUCGUGAGUUAGUUGGAGUUUGUCUGACCGAAGAUGAAGCUAAAGCUGAAGCUGCAGAACAAUUGAUUGAUGAUGGACCUGAUGAAACUGGUGCCAUGUUCAAAAGACCUGGCAAAUUAUCAGACCUGUUACCAAAGCCUUAUCCAAAUGAAGAAGCUGCUCGUUAUGCUAACGGUGGUGCAUACCCACCGGAUUUGACUUACAUAACUCAAGCUAGAAUAGACGGAGAGAAUUAUAUAUUUGCUUUAUUGACUGGUUAUAUGGAUCCACCAGCAGGAGUUUCAUUAGCAGAAAAUCAACAUUAUAAUCCUUACUUCCCUGGUGGUGCUAUUGGAAUGGCUCAAGCAUUAUAUGAUGAGAUAAUUGAAUAUGGCGAUGGAACUCCUGCUACACAAAGUCAAUGUGCUAAAGAUGUUAUCACGUUUUUAAAAUGGUGUGCUGAACCAGAACAUGAUACAAGAAAGUUGUUUGCCAUGAAAGCGUUCACAGUAUUAGGAGUUCUUAAUUUAGUGAUUUGGUAUCUGCAUAGACAUUAUUGGUCAGUAUUGAAGAGCCGUAAAAUACUGCAAGGCCCUAAAUCAUUGUUCAAAAACUAAACUGUUUUUAGCUCAUGCUAAAAUUGAAAACUAUAAAAGUUAAUAUCAACUCUUGUAUGUAUGUUAGAAGUCAAAAUUUGUUCUCUCAAAUUGCAUUUUUAUAGACCAAAUGGAAUUUUAUAUAUUAUAUCUUAAUUAAUUUGAGUAAUUUAAAGCAAAUAGUUUUGAACUUUUUUGGAGCUGUAUUAUGGACUACAGUAUUAUUUUAACUUUAAUUUUUCACAUAGUAUGAUGAAUAAAAUAUAACUCCGUUGUA